UGAUUCCUUUCAGCUGGCUUUUGCCCAGCUUGCAAACACGUGGUUCCACUUUUUUCUUCUCAACGCAACCCCUAAACACGCCCUCUCUCUCUCUCUCUCUCUCUCUCUGAUAAUCUCAUUUUCUCUUUGCCUGCUUGCUUGCUGCUCUUCUUCUUCCUUCACUUCUUAGACGUAGACGGACAAAUUAAGCUCCAUUUUCGUUUCCAGUUCUGAAUCUCUCUUCUUCGUCCCCUUAAUUUCCCCCCGGCCGCCAUGGGUGCCCAGGUCUAUGGCGUCUUCAAUCUCCUUCUCCUCCUCUUCUUCCUUCCCUUCUCCCUUGCCGCAUUGCCCGCCACGCCCACCAUCAACUCCAACUCCGUUCUCGUCGCCCUCCUCGACUCCCAUUACACUGAGCUCGCCGAGCUCGUCGAGAAGGCUCUUCUUCUCCCCGACCUCGAGGCCGCCUUGACCCGCCACAAUGUCACCAUCUUCGCGCCCAAGAACGAGGCCCUCGAGCGCGAGCUCGACCCCGAGUUCAAGCGCUUCCUUCUGGAGCCCCGCAAUCUGAGGUCUCUGCAGACGCUUCUUCUCUUCCACAUGAUUCCCACUCGGAUUGAGUCCCCCGGGUUGCCUGGCUCGCCGGCUGAGUCGUCUCGGCAUGUGACCCUGUCCAGAGAUCACGUGACCUUGGCCGGGAAGGAGUCUGGCGAGAUUGUCGUCGAUUUGGCCAAGGUUGUUCGCCCCAACGACGUCGUUCGCCCGGACGGGGUUAUCCACGGGAUCGAGAGGCUGCUGAUUCCGAGAUCGGUGCAGGAGGACUUUAAUCGCCGGAGGAGUCUCCAGUCGAUCUCGGCCGUUCUGCCAGAGGGAGCACCGGAGGUGGACCCGAGGACUAACCGACUGAAGAAGCCCGCGCCGGUUCCCGCCGGCGCCCCUCCGGUUCUGCCGAUUUUUGAUGCGAUGGCUCCGGGGCCGUCUCUUGCUCCGGCGCCGGCGCCGGGACCGGGAGGCCCUCGCCACCACUUUGACGGCGAGAGCCAGGUCAAGGACUUCAUCCAGACGCUUCUACAUUACGGUGGAUACAACGAAUUGGCCGACAUUCUGGUGAACUUGACGUCGCUCGCGACGGAGAUGGGCCGGCUGGUGUCGGAGGGCUAUGUCUUGACGGUUCUGGCUCCCAACGACGAGGCCAUGGCGAAGCUGACCACCGACCAGCUGAGCGAGCCGGGCGCGCCGGAGCAAAUCGUGUACUACCACCUCAUCCCGGAAUACCAGACGGAGGAGAGCAUGUAUAACGCCGUCCGGCGGUUUGGGAAAGUCCGAUACGAUACUCUCCGGCUGCCGCACAAGGUUACCGCCGAGGAAGCCGACGGGUCGGUCAAGUUCGGGCAGGGCGAUGGCUCGGCGUAUUUGUUCGAUCCCGAUAUCUAUACCGAUGGGAGGAUUUCGGUGCAGGGCAUUGAUGGGGUCCUGUUUCCGGUGGUGGAGACGACGGCGGCAACCAAAGUUACGCCUGCAACCGCCAACGCCAAGAUUGUCGCGAAGCAGCGAAGAGGGAAGUUGCUGGAAGUAACUUGCAGAAUGCUGGGGGCUGUUGGGCAAGAUUCCCAUUUCGCUGGCUGUCAAUGAACGUUUACUACUAUUCUCGAGAAAAAUCCUAUAGAAAGAAGCCGCAAACACAAUAGUGAAAAAGGGACGAUCAUGUCCAUUCCACAGCCCAGCUAGAGGGAGGGAGCCUUUCUUUCCUCGCAAAAUCUACAGAAGAGAAAGCUUUCUUUUGCCAUUUUGUGACAAGUACUGUAAUUACAUACGUUUAUAUCUUUCAUGUAUUUACCUGUUUUGCCAGACACUUUUAUGCACAUAAGAAUGAUCGUUGGAGAAUGCUUUUUAAUCACACGAUUGAUUGGUGCCUCUUUUCUGCCCUUUUGUGGAACAUAACUUGUGAGUCAAAUAUACCUUUCCCCCAAUGUCGUUCUUUUA